AUGAUAUCUCGAAAAACUUCAGCGGUUUUCUCGAAUUUCGCACGACGAUGUAGCACUCAGUCGCCUUUGAACGUUUCAACCGCCACAACUUCUUCUAAUUUAACCGGUAAAUUUAAAAAAAGACUUCUAUUCAUACAUGGGAUGAGCAUGACUGGCGAGAGCCUUAAGAAAAAAAUGGUCGGCCCAGCCCAAAAAGCGCAAUUUUUUUUCUAGUCGAAUAUCAAGUUUUUUUAAGACAAAAAGUCACGUUUUUUUGCUUUUUACUUAGAGUUGAACAAAAAAACUAUGAUUUUAUAAAUAAAAAAAUAAUUUUUUUCGGUAAACUUUUUUGCAAUGAAAUUUUUUUUUUGGAGCUCGGCCCCAGCCCGCGAAGACUUUUUUUUUCAAAAGUGAAUCGCAAAGCCCGGGCCAGGCCGCCCGGUCAGACGCACAAGCCUACUUGGUACCCGAGGCUGGCGCGCUAGUCACAAAUACCAAGUCACUCUCUGGUGCCUAUUCACCCACUAGUUGACAUUGAAAGGUCGAACUAGACCAAUUCGAUGGUGCUAAAUCCGAAAAGCGUUUUUUCUCUCCGAUCACUUUUUACUUAGAAAAAAAAAUCUUUCCGGCCAAUGAAUUUAACUUUACAAAAUGAAUUUUUUUGAUUUUUUUAUACAUGAAUGUUCAACCCCCCUUUUUUUUUCUCGUUUUAUUGUCAAGUCCCUCCCCUUUUUAUAGGUUCCACCGAGGCUAUCCCAUGUAUGCUUCCAUUUACCCGCAAUUUUAGUUUUUUCACCUUAUUAAACUUUCUAGAUACGUCAAGCAGCGAUGCACCGGUCGAAUUAGAAAGAAAUCCAUACGAAAAAGAGCCGAGAAAGUGUCUUCUUUGCCGGACAAGCGUCACACUCGACUAUAAGAAUUCGCGGCUUUUACAGGUCACAAAGUUGGCAAAAAAUCAACAAAAAGCUUGCUGUAGUGUUCAUAGCGCUUUAAUUGCAAAAAAUGUUGAAAGAAAUAAAUUGUUUAUGACCAAAAAAAUCGCUGAUUUUAAAAUAUAUUCGAUGUGUGAGAAAAGGAAAAAAUUUUUUUAUUAGUAUUAAGUUCUGAUUUUCAUUUUUGAAAAAUGUUUAUCCCAUUUUUGAAAGGAAAAAACUUCUAUAAGCAGAAAAAAACAAGCUCUUUAUGCAUACAUUACAGAUUUUUUUUUGUUGUUGGGUGGAAUAAUUCAAUUUUUUUUUCAGCAGUUCAUUUCGACUUUCUCUGGGCGGGUUUAUGAUCGACAUAUAACUGGGCUGUGUGAUAAACAACAGAAUAAACUUGUCGAGACGAUCGCUGUGAGUUAUUCGCAUUUUUUUUUCAGCUAUCAUUUUUUCGUAUAAUUGCAUCAAAAACUUUAAUGAAAAAAACUUCUAACCUUUAAUGUUCGAAUAUUUCUUUAUCUUUGGGUUUGAAUUAUUUCAGAAGUCGAGGAGAGCCGGCUACAUGCCUGUUUUUGUCAAAGAUCCGAAGUAUGUCCGUGAUCCCAAGCUUUUCGAUCCCCUCAAACCAAUUCGGCCCCAUUCUUUUGCUUAG